AUGUCUUCGUCUGAUGAAGACGUGGUUCGGCGUCCUGCUCGGAGCGGCGCUGGCCAAGCUUUGAGUGAGGCUGGAAGUGCGCCUGGUAGCCCGGCGCCUAUGUCUGAUGCUGGAAAUAUGAAUGGCGCUGAUGAUGACGACGCGGAUCUAUUUGGAUCUGACGGCGGAUCCGAUGGAGGUUUUGAUCAAGAUACAGACCAACCUAAGCGAGCCCUCGAUGAUCGGGAACUUGAUUCGGCAGACGAUGAGGAUCGAUAUGACCGGGCUGGUGAUCGUAUGGACUAUGAGGAUGGGGGGGAAGGAGAGUUCCAAGAAACAGUGAAUAUCAUGGACUUGAGCUUGGCCCGGGCUCCGGAGCCGAAGUCGUCCAACGGUGAGGUAUACACGAUGCCGGUCCCCAAUUUCCUUUCUGUGGAAACAGAGGAGUUUAAUCCAGAGACCUAUGUUGCGCCCCCAUACUCAACUGCUGCGACAUCUCUUUGUUGGCGCUACGAUCCUAUUGGCGAGAAUUUCCUACAGUCUAACGCCCGCGUCAUUCGUUGGGAGGAUGGUUCCAUGACACUUCAGCUGGCGUCUGCGCCCAAAGAACAGUACAGGAUAGCGACAAAACCUCUUGCUCCUCUGAACAAAUCUGGUGACUACGAUACGAAGUUGGACUCCCACGUGUAUCUCGGAGCUGCAUCCGAAACAUCGGGCGUGUUCCGCUUGACUUCUCAUCUAACUCAUGGACUUACCGUAUACCCUACGACUGUGGAAACAGAUGAUGCGGUUCAACGACUUCAGGAAUCUCUAGCUGCGGCUGUGCGCGGUGGCAAGAAGACAGUCGAUGGCUCGGCACCUGUCAUCGAGGUGAAGGAAGAUCCCGAACUUGCCAAGAGACAAGCUGAGCUCGCGGAACGUGAAAAAAUCAAAGCGGCACGUCGUCGCGAACAACUGGCAGAUAGGGAAAUGGACCGCGGCCGCCGAUUUGGCAUGUCGCACCGCACCGGGGGUGCCGGACUUACUGUGGGUGGCUUGGAAGAUGAUGACGGUUUGCUUGCUACAAGACCACGUACGAAGAAGACGCGCCGCCCUAACCGAAGGGGCGAAAUUUACACUGAUGACGAGGAGGAGUAUGACCGCCGUGGCCGAACACGGGAAGAUGAAUAUGAUGAAGACGACGGCUUCCUUGUCGGUAGUGAUGAGGAGCCAGAGGUUGUGGAUGAUGACGAAGACGAAGACGUCUUGGAAGAUGAGGAUAUGGAUGCAGAAGGAGAAGAAGAUCUUGCACCUCCUAAGCCUAAAGAAAAGCGGGCAUCCCCUGCGGCUGGUUCUCCUCCGUCUAGAAAGAAGAAUCGUUACGUGGUGGCUGACGACGAUGAGGAGUAG